CUCCGUACGGAGCUUCUCCGCGCAAUGCGUUUAGCCACGGAGUCUGGCACUUGGUAGUCCUCGCGGCUGAGCCGUACCUUCGACCCGCUGUACGUGUCACGUGGUUGGGUGCGCAGAGCUUUUUUCCGGGCCCAUCUAGAGCCACGGGACCAUGGGACCGUCCCGCUCGGCUGUGCACCAGUUGAGCUCCGACGCUUCGAAUGGCGCGGGCCAAUAGACGGGAUAGUGCCGUUGUUGUUUGUAUAGUGAUAUAGUGGUGGUGGUGGUGGUGGUACGGUUGCCGUAGGUCAUGGAGCCGACGGGGAGCUGACCCGCCACCCAAGGUAAGGAGAAGAAGAAGAAGAAGAAGAAGAAGGAGCGGCAGUAGGCAGAGCCAGAGCGGCAGAGGCGGGCAAAAUGGCUUCGGGCUUCCCGAGCGCUCAUCGGAGGAAGCUUGGACCGGCGCCGAUCGCAUCGUUCGAGGACCUUUCCGAUGAGAACGGCGGCGAGCCGGUGUCCCGGAUGCCGGGUAUCCUCGAGGUGGCCACCCCGGCGGGUUCGCUCAAAACCCCGAGCACACCGCGGAUCGACAUUAGCCGCGCGAGCAGCUCGUCCCACCACGAGGAGGACAGCAACUCCCGGGAAUCGACCCCCGAGAAGGAGCUCCUCGCCGGCAACGGGCCCCCCGAGGGCUGCAAGCUCCAGUUGGGCUACAAGGAGGACGCGGCCGACCUACGCUCCUCCACCGAGGAGCUUGACCUCCACGACCCCGUGCACGAGCAGGACCUACGCCGCGAGUCCAAGAAACCGAAGAGGCGGGCCCACAGGGACCUCCACGACGGAACCCAGUCCGAGUACGGGGUGAGCAUAAGGCUCCAGCAGUCGGAGCGCGAGAGGAAGGACAGCAACUGCAGCGAGAUCAUACUGCUCAACAUAAGCGGCCGCACCUCGAGGCUUUCAUCGGUCGGUAGCCAGGGCUCGGGCGUCUCGGCGGGCGGCCUCUCCGCCGUCUCGGCCACGUCCUCCAGGUCGCCGAGUCCGCACAAGUGUUUGCUCGAGACGUCGUUUUGCGGGAGCGUGUCGGCGCUGGAUGCGACCCUCAUCGAAUCCUCCAAGCUGGAGACGGACGACCUGGCGAGGGUUCUGCUGGAACGCGAGGAGGACUCGACCCGGGCCCUCAUACCCGAGAGCGUGCGCGUGCCCAUUGUCGGGGGUAACAUCAAGCCUGACCCGCUGGACAUGCCCAGGAGGCGGGGCCGGGAGGAGCGCAAGGAGGCUUUCAAGCGCGAGGUCGAGAUCACCAAGAGGGUCCUCAAGCGGGUCAACAUCGAGGUGCCGGUAAUAAAGUUGCCGAAGGACGGGGAGGAGGGCUCGACGCCAAAGUUCGGGGACGUGCAGAAGCCCGCGACGCUGGACUUGAACGAGCGUCGCAAGCGUAGCCCGAGCUCGAGCGCGUCUUCGAGGCCGGGGAGUGCGGCUGCAGCGGCCGGCGGGUCCGGCCUCGACACCACCCCCAAGCUCCAGAGGCACCAGAAAAUACGCGACCUCGAGGGCUCCAGGACACCAAGUCCGUCUUCCGUCUCGCGCAAGAGUAGCUUUGCUUCCCUUUUCAAGGGUCGAGGUGACGCGGCGAGCAUCCAGAGCCAGGAGUCACCGACGACGACGUGCUCGAGGCGCACGAGUCUCGCGAGCAAACUCAAGGACACUGCCGAGAGCCUGCGGAGUCGCUCCAAGAGCCGCGAGCGCCCGGGCUCGGGUGAAAAGUCCCCGGGUGGUAGGAGGUCCGGCUCCGGGGGUAUGUUUUCCUCGACCCUGAGCCUCUUCAGGAAGCGCGAGCGCAAAAAGAGCGGCUGCGACAUCAGCUUGACGGACCAGCUCGACGCCGAGGCUCAUGCGGCCCUCGACAGCAUUGGACACGCCGACUACAGCUACCAGAUGCACCAGACUGGCCAAAAGGAGGACGUGAUAUUCAUAAGCCUGUACGGCGAGAACGACGAGUUCCGGAACCAGCCGGAGGAGCCGGAGAGCGAGAGCUUGGCGGUAACGCCACCUCCGCAGCUCGAGAGCCCGGGCAAGGGCCGCGAGGACUCGUUCGACGCGUCCAGCCCCAUGCAGACGUCGGUGAACAUCGUUUGCACCGACGCCACCAUCGAGCACCAUCGAAGGACGAGAAGGAGCGAGAGGAGGCGCGAAGGCGUGAGGAUCUCGUCGUCGUCGGGCGACAGCACCAAGAUGCCCGAGAGCCUGUCCAGGGACUCGCACAUCUGCAAGAGCGAGUCAAGGGACUCGAGGAUCGCCCCCACCGACAGGAGGGACUCCGCGGUUGUUGGGCAAUCGUCGACGGAGACGCACGAGGAGAUCGCAGCGCGAGGCGAGCACCGGCUGUCGACGAGCUCGUCGAGGGACUCGAUCGGCCGUAGGCCCGAGGUCCCCAAGCCCAAGCGCAAGUCCCGUAGCUCCCGGCCCUUGUCCGCCCCGACGGAGCCGCCACCCUUGCCCCCGACCCAACAGCCAAAGACCGUUGGGAUGAACGGGAAAGUGUCCUCGCGACCGCCGUCCAUGGCACUGGCCACGACGGUGACGACGGUGACGACGACGACGACGAGCACUGGUGUGGUAGCGACGGGGGUGGAUCUUGGGGUGCCGGACGCGGGGUUGGCGAAGGCGCCGAGCGUAGUGUCGGACCUCGACAGGAACAACAGCUCCGAGUCGGAGCGGGACUCGGAGAUCGACUUUAUCAGGAACAAGGCGAAGAAGGGGGUCGAGGAGCUGCCCGACGAGAGGAAGGGCCUCUGCUACGAGGAGAGCUUUGAGGAGGACCUGCCUUACGUGCCCACGACCCUGCCCAUGGAGAAGAGCGUCGCCAUUCCCAUACUGCCCAUCAAGCAGAGGCUCCACGAGGGCAUGAGGACGACAUCCAUCGACAGGCCGCGCUCGACGACGCCCAUCAACCCCCAGCUGCUGGACGAGUACAUCCAGCACGCGCCCGAGGGCCAGCAGCGCCAGCAACGACGGCUCCAGAGUAAAAUGCGGAUCUCCCUGCCCCGCGAGGACAGCUUCAAGCUAAAGUCGCCCCACCGGCCGUCGACCCACAACACCUUCACCGAGUUCGCCGGCCGCGUGCCAGCCAGUAAGUCCGGCAACCAAACCAUGUCGCCCAGCCCCCCUCCACCACUGCCUCCCAGAGCACCGACCACCGUCCUGACCCACCCGCGACACAUGCAACAAGCCAGGCCGACCAAUUGGAUCAACUUCGAGGAGAUACCGGAGAAGCGCAAAGCGCCCAAGCGCAUACAGACCAUACCCAGGCUCGAGGACGACUCGAAGCACUACAGCUACGUGCAGCCCGAGGAGUGUUGGUGCGAGUGCCACGAGGAGUCUAGGCGCGCCUCGUCGAGGAAUCACCACCACCACCACCACCACCACCAUCAUCCACCGGGGACGUCGUCUUCCUCGUCGCCGUGUCCUGUACAGGGUAGUCGUCGCGCCGACCUUCCGGCUGCGGAGGAUAACGGUAGUAGUGGUAGUGGCGGGGCGUGUAACGGCGCCGGGGCUGUCAGCAACACGAACGGCGACAGGUCCAGCAUCGUCAGUGACAACAGCUCGCUCGAGGGCAGCUUGAGCGCGGAUUACACGGGCACGCCCAGCGGCCAGCACCACUUGACCGUUACUACCGGGAGCAACGAAGGCACGAGGCCUUUCGCCAUGGACCUCGACGUCAGCUCCAAUCGGUCUAGCAUCAUAUCCCAGGAGGAGACUGAAGACGAGCGCACUUAAGUGGCUUGGCUUUUUUUUUUUUUUUUUUUUUCUUUCUUUCACCGAUCAUCCUGAGACACGUUUGGAACGACUUUGGUUUUUGCUCAGUUAGAGGUGAGCCGUUUGCGUUCUGAACCGGAUGAUUCAAUCGGGAAAACAGUUCUUUUAUCGUGCAAACAGAGAGGCCGAAG